AUGUCCUCGUAUCCUGCCAAAAUUAUUAAAGCACCUAAUGGAUUGGAAAUCAAACAACCGCUAGGUUUGUUCAUCAACAACGAAUGGGUUAAAACAGAAAAAACCCUUGAUGCGAUCAAUCCAUCGACAGAAGAAGUAAUUGCCAGUGUUUAUGCUGCAGAUAAAGAGGCUGUUGAUAAAGCUGUGGAUGCCGCACAACGUGCAUUUGAGGAUCCAUCUUGGUCCGAUAUCAGUGGCUCCGAUAGGGCUACUUACCUUUAUAAGAUGUCUGAGAUUAUUAGACGUGAUUCUAAGAUAAUCGCUGCAAUUGAAUCAUUAGACAAUGGUAAACCUUAUGAGGCAGAGAGUUUAUGUGGCGAUCUUGUCGAAGCUGCCGAUAUUUUCAAGUAUUAUGCAGGCUGGGCUGACAAACAUACAGGUCAAUUUUUGGGAUCGCAGGUCUUUGGAAAGGAUAAGAUUUGCUAUGUUGAUCCCGUUCCUCUUGGUGUUGUGGCUGGAAUUGUGCCUUGGAACUUUCCAUUUGAUAUGAUGGCAUGGAAAAUUGCUCCAGCUCUUGCCACUGGAAACACUUUGGUUAUGAAAUCAUCUGAGAUUACACCUUUAAGCGCUCUUUUUUAUGGAAAUAUCGCAUUAGAAGCGGGUAUUCCUAAGGGUGUCCUCAACAUUAUUUCUGGAUAUGGAAAAGACACUGGAUAUGCUUUAAGUUCUCAUCCUAAUGUUGCUAAAAUUGCAUUUACUGGUUCAACAGCUACUGGUAAAAAGAUAAUGGAAGCUGCUGGUCAGUCCAAUAUCAAAAAGGUUUCGCUCGAAUGUGGUGGAAAAUCGCCAUUUAUCAUCUUUCAGGAUUGUAACAUGAAGGCAUGUUUGGAAUGGGCGUACACAGGAAUAUUCUACAACAAGGGUGAAGUUUGUACUUCCACAUCAAGGUUUUUUGUGCAAGAUUCAAUAUAUGAUGAGUUUGUGUCCAAAUUUGUUGAAUACACGAAAACGCAUGCCAUAGUUAAGCCACCAUUUGAGAAGGAUUGCACCAUAGGACCAUUAGUCUCCAGUGCACAGUAUCAAAAAGUGAAGAAGUAUGUGGACUUGGGUAUUAAGGAGGGUGCUAAGUUGCUUUCUGGUAAGUUUCUUGAAGGAAAGGGGUACUUUUGUGAGCCAUUUAUAUUUGCUAACUGCACCGAUGAUAUGACAAUUAUGAAGGAUGAAAUAUUUGGUCCAGUUGUAGCCAUCUCGAAGUUUUCUACAAUUGAUGAUGUUGUCAAAAGAGCAAACAGUACUACCUAUGGAUUGGCAGCUGCUAUUUUCACAAAUAAUAUUACCAAAGCACAUAAAGUAGCUAAGAAAUUGCAGGCGGGAAUGGUGUGGAUUAAUUCUAACGGCGAUUCCGAUAUUCAUGUUCCUUUUGGAGGUGAGAAAAUGUCUGGAAUAGGAAGAGAGUUGGGAUCUUACGCUUUGGAUCUUUUUACACAGCAAAGAGCUGUUUUCGUGAACUUGGAUCUGCCGGAGGAACAAUAA